AUGUCUGACAGAAAAGGAAUAUUUGCUGCUUAUUUUAAUAAGAAGCACGCCUCAGAAGAAAAAAAAGAAAAAAAAACGGAAAAGACAAAUAGGCUUGUUGUGAAAGUAAAAAAAAAUAAAGAGAUUGAAGACAAAGACGCAGAAAGUUCCCUUGAAGAAGGAGAAAUGAAUUAUGAUGAAAUGGAUGAGUCAUCAGAAAAUGAGCAAACAAUGGAAAGUGAUGAAAAUGAGGUUAACGAAGAAGAACAAAAUGAAAGUAAGGAGGAGAGUAUGGAAGAAGAUCAAGAAUUAGAAGCAGAAAGUUUAGAAGAUGAUGACUUAGGAGAUGAAGAAGAACAACAGAUUAGGAGUGAGUUGAUGGGAUUUUUUAAUCAUUUAACUAAAUCAAAAGAAAUGAAAAAAGCAUUAAACCAUCAAAAACAACACAGCGUAGAAAAAGUAGAAAAGGAAGGAAGUAAGUCAGGAAAAAUAGAAAAGAAAGUAGAAGAAACUAAACCACGAAAAGCACAAAAGAAAAAGACUCGUAAAGAGAAAAAACAAGAACGUAAAAUAAAAAAACAAGUCAAAAGAAAUAUUAAAAAGGAAGCUAAAGAAAAACAAUCGAAAUAA